AUGUUCCACCGCGCCCUCACCCUGGAGACUCGCGGCUGGUAUUUCUCCGGCGGAGAGAUUGACUGCGCGGGGGAGAAGGACCAGCGGGACAUCUCAGAGGUCAUCUCCUACGUGCUGAACCAGAGUGACUGGCAGCCGGACCCUGGGCGCAUCGCGCUGGCCGGGAUCUCUUACGGGGCCGGUUUGGCGCUGUUGGGCGCCGGCCGAGACCCACGUGUGAAGGUGGCGGUGGCAAUGUCUGGAUGGUCGGACUUGCAGCAGGCCUUGUUCAAGCACAACUCUCCAAACCUCGUCUGGGGCGUAGUGCUGGUGGUGAUGGCCCAUGUGGUCGGCAAACCCGAGCCACUUUUGGACGAGGUCUGGCGCCAGGUCCUCGCCGGGAACGUCACGGCGGCCCAGGAGUUCGCUGCGCUCCGCUCCGUCUUGCCCCUGCUGCCAGCGCUCGAGAACCGCAGCGUGCCGCUCUUCAUCUCCAACAACUUCGAGGAUCGUUUGUUCUAUCCGGAGGACGCCAUUGCUUUAUACGAGCAGUACAAGGGUCCAAAGCGACUACUGUUGAAUCAAGGCGUCCACGCCAGCGCGGAAAUCGGAGGGCUGAUUGGGCUGCCGAACAACCACGUCUGGCUGGAGGUGAAGAAGUGGCUGGCCACGCACCUGAAGGGCGAGCCGGGGCCAAGUCCGCCUGCGGUGGAGAUGCAGCUGAGGUCCAAUCACGCGGUGCGAGAGCAGUUCGACAUCUGGCCCAGUAGCCGCCUGCAGCGGUGGGAGCUGGUGCCCUCCCCUCGGGGCCACGGCCUCUUCGGGCGCCUGGUGGCCCGGGGCGAGGAGGCUCCCAGCGCGGAGUUCGAGAGCAUCUCGUUUGGCAGGUUGACGGGCAUCAAUGCAGGACUUCCAAUCCUUGGUGAGCUGAUGCAGGUUUUCGUCGACCACCGCAUCAAGUCCAACCUCCUCCUAAGCUCCAGGAAGCAUGCCAUCUGGUAUUACAAGGAGAUCGGGACAGAGCGCCUUUGUGGCACUCCGACGCUGAGCUUGGACAUGACGCCCAGCCACGGCAAGUGGCAGGUCGUAGCCUACCUUCUCGGGGUUGACCGCAUCACCAAAGUAGGCACCCUGAUCUCGCACGGCUCCCUCACGUGCUGGAACUGCACCGCCGGACAGCGAGGCACCUACGAGAUUACUUUGCGGACGCUGUGCGAAGAUUUAGGGGGUCUGGGCAUGGGCGGCAUCGGCCUGGCUUUGAACAUGUACUCCGCGCUGUACAAGCCUGCGAACGCCGAGGAAGCCCUGUCAAUGAACUUCCACUACUCUGGGAACUUCUCCCUGUCGGUUCCUGUUGCCGAGAGCCGGUCUUCUACCGUCCUGGUGUGA